ACCUUGAGGCAAUGUCCAUUUGCCAGCACAUCUAGCUGCUGUUAUUUUCUCUAUAAUGUACACUUUCUCUUAACACACUCCCUUUAAAACACCAACAAUGGCUGUUUCACAGUCUUAUCAUGCCAUUCUGGUCAUGGGCAUUGUUUUUUGUGUUUUACCUCAUUAUAACACAGGAUUGUUGUCUGACUACAAAAUCUGUGGAGAUUCGGAGUGUGAAAGACCGAUGAGCAGAGUGCAGGCUAUCAUGGACCACCGUGGUAAAGACUGCCGUUACCUUAAUUUCAGGCGAGGAGACACCAUCUUUGUUUACCACAAACUGACUGGAAAGAGGGAUGACCUCUGGGCAGGCACUAUUGACAAACAGUUUGGUUAUUUCCCCAAGGACAGAGUGCAAGAGGAGCUGCUUUAUGCAACUGUGGAAAAUGUGGUUGCAACACAGGAAUCAGAUUUCUUCUGUACGGAUGAGUUUGGUUAUCUUGUUGACUCCACUCAUCUAGACAAUGAUGCCAAUGAGGAUGAUGCUGUGAAAAAACAGGAGCAAGUAACAACACAAACCACGCCAUAUUUGGAUGAUAAUAAUGCUGAAAGUCCAUCGACAUCGGAGGAAGUCUCUACAGAAUCCGUUGGUUCAGCACAGGAAUCUGAGAGCAGCAUAAAGGAAGAGGCAGAGGGAAACACAACAAAUGCUGGUGAUGCUGCUGCUGGGACCACCAAGGAAGCACAAGAUCCUGCUGCCUCGACGGAACAAGGUGGGUCUGCCUCAUCUUCUUGGCUUGGUUCCUCAGUGACAGGAUGGAUAGGUCUGACUAAAGAGGAAGAACCUGCAAAUUUGGCUGAAGGACAGAAAGAAGAAGCAAAAGAGGAAACUCCUGAGGCUUCUUCCUUUACUUCAUCGAUGACAGGAUGGCUGGGGAUUGGAGGAGGAGGAGGAAGAACUGAUGAUGAAGAAGUGAGAAGUGGACAAGAGGAUGCAGAAAUGUCUGAAUCUUACACUUCGACAAUGACUGGAUGGCUUGGAUUUAGAGGAGGAGGAAAAACCGAUGAUGAAGAAGUGAGAAGUGGACAGGAGGAUGCAGAAACGUCUGAAUCUUACACUUCGACAGUGACUGGAUGGCUUGGAUUUGGAGGGGAGAAAAAACCAGAAAGCUCUGCAGAAAAAGAGGAAGAAGAAGAGAUGAACAGAGAUGAGGAGCAAGAACAAGCAGAGACAUUCAGGAGUAGAAGGAUGUCUUUAGAUCUAGAAGGAAGUCAGUUGCAUGAGGAGGAAGAGGCUGGGACAUUUGAUUGGUUUGGAAACAGACUGACGAGCACACUAGGAUUUGGCCAGACCAAUCAGGAGUCAGAGAUGACUUCAGGACGAGCCGAGGAGGCCGCUAAAGAAGAAGAGCAAGCCUCUGGAUCCUGGUAUGAUAUGGGGUUCGGGGGCAUGUUAGGCCUUGGGACAGACAAGAGUGAUGAGAGUACAGGAGGAGGCUUUCAGGGAACACAGAUGGAUGAGAAUUUAGACCAGAACCUUGAGUCAGAGAGAGUGGAUACCAGUCAAUCACAGCCUACAGUCACAGAGGAGAUGACGACAGAAGUAGGAGGAAUAUCAAAAGAUGACAAUCGCACAUCAGAGACAGACCAUGCAGAGAGUAAAAGUAAUAUGGAUGAUAAUGGUAACACAGAUGGUGUCUCCGCAGACAGUGCUGCAUCUGAAGCCACUGGAGGGAUGCCAUCAAUGCCUGACAACUUGACUCAAAUAGAAAGUCUGGAAAAAGAAGAACAUGAUGUUUUAGAUGAUGAUGAGAAAGAAAAAAGUGCACUUGAUGGGGAAAGAGCUACAGAAAUGGAAGGUGAGCAUCAUCAGAUAGCCCAAACAAUCAAAUAUAAUGAUGAUGAUAGGCAAACAAGAGAGGAAGAUUUUAAAACUGCUAAUGAGACUGAUCAGGAUAUUCUGACACAAUCAGACACUGGACCUUUGUUGGACUUUGAUUUAAAGUCAGACACCACAGAACAAUCUGCAGGUGAAGUUAAGGAGGACAUAAGAGAGAAUUUGCUGGGGGACAGUGCCGAGAUUCAGGGUGAAACUGAUGGAUCAGCCGAUAAAUCACAUGAGAUAAGUGCUAGAGUUGAUAGUGAUGAAUUUGGGGUGAAUAAAGAGGAGACUAAGACAGAAGGUGCAAAAGGAGAGAGUCUAACUGGCAGUGGUGCAGAAGACAGCAGUGCAGAGAAUAAUAAUCCAAUAUCCAAUAAGCAUGAGACCUUAACACAGGUAGAAGGCACCACAGAUCAGAAACAGGAGGAAAGCGUCUUUAAUGAAAGUAAUCUGAAGUCAGAGGCUGAGAUCACGGAGGAAGAAGAGUCUAAGGAGGAAGAGGAGAGAAGGGAGCUAGGGGAGGUAAAGGAAGAGGAGGAAGUGGUAAAGACACAAGGAAAGCAACAGGAAGUGGAUGAGGAAAAGAAGGAUGAAGAAGAGAUAAAGCAGCAGGAAGUGGAAGAGAUAACAGAGAAGGAAAAACUGGUGGAGUUAAAGGAGGAGAAGAUACAGAGGGAAGUGGAGGAAAUCAAAGAAAACCAGGUGGAAGUGGGGGAAUCCAAGGAUGAAGAAAAUCAUGGGGGAGAGGAGGCAAAGGAAGGGGACGAACAGAUAAAGACUCAAGAGAAGCAUCAGAGAGUGGAUGAGGAAAAGAAGGAUGAAGAAGAAGAGCUAAAAAAAGAGGGGAAGCAGCAGGAAAUGGAAGAGAUAAUAGAGAGGGAGAAACUGGUGGAGUUAGAGGAGGAGAGGAUACAGAGGGAAGUGGAGGAAAUAGAAGAAAACCAGGAGGAAGUGGGGGAAUCCAAGGAUGAAGAAAAUCAUGGGGUAGAGGAGGCAAAGGAAGGGGACAAACAGAUAAAGACUCAAGAGAAGUAUCAGAGAGUGGAUGAGGAAAAGAAGGAUGAAGAAGAAGAAGAGCUUAAUGAAGAGGUAAAGCAUCAGGAAGUGGGAGAGAUAACAGAGAGGGAGAAACUGGUGGAGUUAGAGGAGUUAAAGGAGGAGAAGAUACAGAGGGAAGAGGAGGAAAUAGAAGAAAACCAGGAGGAAGUGAGGGAAUCCAAGGAUGAAGAAAAUCAUGGGGGAGAGGAGGCAAAGGAAGAGGAGAAGCAGGUGGACUUGGAAGAGGAGAAACAGAUAAAAAUGCAAGAGAAGCAUCAGGGAGUGGAUGAGGAAAAGAAGGAUGAAGAAGAAGAGCUAAAGGAAGAGGGAAAGCAGCAGGAACUGGAAGAGAUUACAGAGAGUGAGAAACCAGUGGAGUUAGAGGAGUUGAAGGAGGAGAAGAUACAGAAGGAGGUAGAAGAAAUAGAAGGAAACCAGGAGGAGUUGGGAGAGUCCAAGGAAGAGGAAAAACACAGAGAGGAAGAGGCAAAAGAGGAUGAGGAGAAAGAUGAAGUCAAGGAAGAGCAGCAGCUGAUAGAGGAGUUAAAGGAGGACAUAAAGGGAGCAGUAGAAGAGUUAAAAGUCAUGGAGCAAACAGAAGACUUAAAGAAGUUAGAGGAAGAAGGUGAGAAAGAGAGGAAAGACUCCAAAGAAGAUUCUAAAUUUGAGCCAAAUAUGGAAAUCAUCAGCAGUCAAGCGUCAGAGAGUAAAGAGGAAGAGGUAAAUGAUGAUAAAAGCUCAGACACAUCCACACAAAGUGAAGAGAGACAAAGAGAAAAUCCCCACAUGGAAGUAGUGCAAAUGCAGGAAGAAAACAAACAAACAGAGCAUAUGAAUGAGACAAAGGAUGUUGUGGAGAAAGUGGGGAGAGAGAGGAGGGAGCAGGAAGAAGAGGAGUGCAAAGGGGAAUGCAUUAAGGCUAGAGAUGGGAAAGAUUCACUGGAUGCAGGGGUAGAAAAAACAGAUCCAGUAGCUGAAAUCACAGAAGGGACUCAGACCAUAUUGGAGGGUACAGAGAGGGAUGAAGAGGGAGUAGAGGAGGAAGAAAGAAAUGAUGAUGCUGAGAACAGAAAAACAGAGGAUGUAAAUAGUAACACUUCUGACAUAAUUUCUGAUCUUAAUGCUUUAGGCGUCAAUCAAACAGAGGAUAUGAAAUACACAACAAAUGAUCUGCCACAGUUUGUUGAGGACAUCCAAGACGACCGUUCUGGUGAAGCUUCAACAGACCAGACAGCUGAGGUCAAAGAAAACAAUCAGCUGGAUUCCACUGAGUUGAAAAUCCCUGAGCUUAGAGGUGGGGAAGCGCUCCACCAGGAAAGUGAAACUAAUGAUGAGGAAACUAGCAGUAAAGGGAAUUCCACCGAGUGGAAAACAGAGCAAACAAAUGCUGAGAAUAACACAGAAGAGAGGAAGAUAACUGUGAAGCACCGUGAUGAAAAAGAGGAUGAGGAUGCUGAUGUCAAGGUGCCAGACGGUUUUCAAUCACUUGGUACUGAAUUGAAUGAAGAGGAGAAAAUUCAGGCCAGUGAAGUCUUUGAAAGUCAAACUGAGGUAUCUGGACAAACAGUGCCACAACAUUCAACUGGUUUUCCACUUCCACCUGAUGAUCCUGAGAACAUGAAAACUGAAAGUGGAGGAGCAUUUGGCCUUUUCAGAAAUGCUUUUGGCUUUUUUAGGCAAAUACCUGCCCCAGAAACAAAGGAAUCUGCCCAAAGUCUAGAUUCUAACACACAUGAAAUCCCAGAGUCACACACCUCCUUGACUCCUGAGCAAGUGCCAGAUACAAGUCAGGUUUACAGUCAAGAUUUACACACAGACACUCCUGUCACUGUGUCAGAGCAGCCUCCUUCUCCAACCCAGACCUCUCAUAUUCAUUCCAGUGCUAACCUUCAAAACAACGAAAGCCCCUUUCAAUCAAAAACCUUCUCCAAACAUUACAAGAAUCUUCUCACAUACAUGAGGGCAGAUGACACGGAUAUUCUGAUGGAGCUCUUUGGGCGACACAAGCUGCAGUUCUUAGAUGAUAUUUCGGGAAGCACAGAAACAAUGACUGGUGAUCCUGAUACUGAUGAAUCUAUAUUAUUGGACAUAGAGCGACUUCUCCAUCACCACAGAGAGGUUCUUAUUGCUCCAAGUAUGAAGCAGCAAGAUGUGCAACAAGAGGACAAAGAAAAGACCAGAGCACUCAUUGCACUUCAGAAGCUAGAAAUGCUGCUGGACAAAGUGAGAGAGACUUUCAGCACAGGAAAACCAGACACCAGUAACACAGAGGAUCAAGACGGCAGAAGCUGUGUUGAAGGAUCCUGUUCAACUUCCAACAAAGAAAUUUCCACUGAAGAAGCACAUGGCAUUAUCCUGGAUAGUCACACUCCUAAAGAUGAACGGGUGGUACUGGAUAAAGAGGAAGAUAAACAAAUCAGUGGUGGUUGGGCAACUGAGGAUGAAGAAGAAAGAGAGCCCCAAGAAUUAAAGGGAACAAUGCAGCAAAUGAUCAACAAUGUACAUAAGAUCACCGAAGACUCGAGUACUCAUGUCCAUGCAGCCAGGGAGCUCCUCAUAUGGCUCACAAUACAGGUUGUAUCAGCUCUGCCUGAUGACAUCAGGCCUGGGCCAGACCUUUAUGGGGUGCCAUGGGAACCAGUCAUCGUCUCAAGUCUGGUGGGACUGGUAACAGUGCUGUUGUUCACCUGUAGAUGCUACAGUUCUGUAAAAAGCCGGUUGUAUCGAAGUAAAGAGCAUUGGAUGGCUGAGCAGGUUUCACAGCUGCUAGAUGAGAAGUGUAAAGUUCUUGAGACUCUCAGUAAAUGUCAACAAGAGUAUGAUGACCUGGAGACCUCACUGAGAGACAGUGGUGUUUUGGCCCAAACUCAAAAAACAGAACAACUGGAGGCCAAAGCUAGACAGUUAGGACAUGCUAAAAAUGAUAUGGAGAGGGAUCUUGAACAACUGAAGGAUCAGCUGGAUCAGCAGAGAGAACACAGAAAAGAGCAGGAAAGAAGGAUAGCUGUGCUUGAGGAAAGCAUGAAAACAUUUGAAGACGAAGCCAAAGACCUCCAGUCACAAGAAGAACAGGCACAAACUACUCUGAAAGUGUACAGUAUGAAUAGUGAAAGACUACAAAGGAAUCUGGAAACAGCUGGAGAAGAGAACACGCUGUUACAGGAGAGCAAUGCACAGUUGAGGCAGCAGGUGGAGGGAUGGGCAGAAAGAGUCGGCGAGUUGGAGGCAGAAAUAAGCAGAUGUAAGGUUGCCCACAGUGGGAUGCUGCAGGAUGUGACUAACAAAGAUGAGCGAAUAUGGUCACUGACAGAUCGGCUGCUCCGAAUGAAAGCUUGGGAUUCAGACUUAGAGGAAGAGGGUUAUGAUGAAGGAGAGAAGGAUACAUCGAAUGGUACAGCGGGGAAAGGAGGUGAAAAUGGGAAAGGAGACAGAACAGAAACCCCAGGCCAUCUCCAGAAGGUCCAGAAACUUAUCUAUGCUGCUAAGCUGAAUGCAGACCUCAAAUCAGUGGAUGAAGACAAAGACAGAGCAUUUGCCAAACUGAAUGAUGAAAUCAAAGCUAAAGAAGACCUGCAAGUGAGCAUUAAGGAACUGGAGAAGGAAAAAUUAUCCCUGCAAUCAGACUCUGAGCACUACUCAGACCAAGUGCAAAGAUUACAACAGAAACUCAACAUCAUGACAGAAAUGUACCAGGAGAAUGAGCUGAAGCUGCACAGAAUGCUGACAGUGGAGGAAAAGGACCGCAUGCAGAAGGAAGAGAGGUUAAACAAAGCAGACAAAAACAUUGCCCUGGCCAUGGAAGAACUCAACAACUAUAGACAACGAGCUGAGGAGAUGGAGGAAGAGCUGGAAAAAACCAAACAAUCUUACCAGACUCAAAUAUCAGCACAUGAAAAGAAGGCUCACAAUAACUGGCUGGCAUCCCGAGCAGCAGAGAGAGAGCUUGCAGACAUCAGGAGAGAGAACGCCCUCCUCAGACAGAAGCUGACAGAUACACAGUUUAAACUUGACACCCUGGACAAAGAUCCCUACGCCCUGGACAACUUGGCUAGACCCCUGCCUUUCAGAGCUGAAAGGUCACCUUACGGCCCAUCACCACUGGGUCGACCUGCGUCUGAAACCAGAGCUUUCCUAUCACCGCCAACAUUAAUGGACGGGCCGCCUGCUCGACUGUCUCCCAGAGUCCCUCGUGGCCCAGUGGAGCCCCCAGGUGGCCAAGGGGACAUGGAGCGGAGUGGAGGUCCUCAUUCAGACAGUGGUUCGAUCUCCCCUACAUGGGAGAGAGAUCGCAGGGGGCCCCCACCUGGACACCCAGGACCCCCACCUGGGCACCCAGGACCUCCAGGCUAUAUGUUUCCUGAACCAGGAGCUCCAAUUUACAGGAGACCUCCACCUCCUCCAGGAGCUCUGGGCCCUUUCCCUGCUUCUGGACCGUUUCCACCAGGAGUUCUCCCUCCCAGGGGUCUCCCCCCAGGGCCUUAUCAUCCUGCAGAGAUGGCUGAUGGCCCAUUUAGAGAAAACAGUUUUGGACCUGGUGAUCAGGAUCCCAGAGAGUCUGGCACUGGCGAUAGAAGGACUCCCCCUGAAGCUGAUCCAAGGAUGGGUGGCCCGCCCCCUCCUGGGAUCCCAAUGGGCCCUGGGGAUGGCCCCUUUCCUCGCAGAGCCCCCUAUGGACCACCACCACCAGAUUUUUACCCUCCCAGGGGCCCUGGGAUCCCUCCCAUGAGACCUAUGUGGGCCCCUCCACCUCCAGGAAUGAUGUACCCUCCCCGCUUUCCUCAUGGUGGACCUCUUCCUCCUCAUCCUCAUCAAGCUCCCCCAAUGCGGCCGCCUUUGUCCGAUAUCCAUCCACCUCCUUCAAUGGGUCCUCCUCUUCCUCGACAGCCUCUCCCCUCUCCACCACACAGCCAGUCACCAGAGGAGCACACACCCUCCCCUGAAGACGCCAUCUGAGCCUGACUAGUUUCCUUGAAAAUAAACAUUCUGGUUAAAAAUGGCCAUUGAAAUGGCCAUUGUGUGAUGGAUGGCUGCGCAGGUUGCUGGUUCCCAUUCUCAUUACUCUUAACAUCUUGUUAACCAGGAGUAUGUCUUCAGUGAAGUGCAGGCAAACUGCCAGUCCUCUUUGUUGUCCUCCCUCUGCUGCUACCUGGUCUUUAUCCUCUAUUUACUGCCUCUCCUUAUCCUGCCUUCUCGUUCUUUUUUUUCUGGUACUGUCGUUUGUCCCUUUCAUCAUCCAGCUCCAUUCUCUGUGCAGCAGUCCAUUGUGGUGGAGUCACAGUGACAGCAGUAUCAUGAAUGCAGCAGCUGAAACUGAACUUUGGUGUGCGGGAGUUUUAGCCGCAUACACCAGAAUCCGUUUUCAAUGGCUCUUAGGUUACAUGUGGAGAUGAUGUGUGUGAGCAUGUGGAAGAGACUGGAGUGUUUUACUUACAUUUCAUCCUGAUGGCACGGAAAGAGAAAUCGUAAUGAAUGAGAGGGCUGUCGGGGACAAAAAAGCAUCCUUUUAGGCUUAAUUUUUGAUUUUUUAUAAUAAAAGCACAUUUGUUAUUUUCACCAUUAUUUUAAAUUUAGCUGUUGCGCAUGUUGUGGACCUGGAUUUGACUAGACCUCAUCGUGUUCACCAUUUCUUGUUUUGCCUAUUUAUUAACAGACUUGUUCUUGAACUGAGGAAUAUUUUGAAGAAAAUAUGACUUGAAGGUCAAGUGAAAAAGUCUUAACAAAUUGUAUAUUUUAAGUGGCAGACCUGAAUUUCAGUGGCCUCUGUGGAUUUGCAGGACUUUUGCCUUCAUUAGGAAAGAUCUUUCCAAAAAAGGAAGUAAACAAUGCUUUUGAUCAUGUUUCAAUGACUUGCAUAUGGCCUAGGUUUGAAAAAAGUGGAUUAUAGCAGCUGCUAGUCUAUUGUAGAACCAAGCUGUGACUCAUUGUGGCAGUCACUGAUCACUGAAUUUAAUGGACUGACUGGAAUAGAGGCUCUUUUUAAAGCCGGAUGACACCCAUGUGGAUUUUUGUAAAAAAAAAAAAAAAAUAUUAUUAAUAGAUGAAUAAAGUCUUUAAAAUUUUCA